UUUUAUGGUAUUUUAUUUUGUUUCUCUUCUUUCUCAUACAUCUUGGUGUUAAGAUGGCAGAAUAACCAUGGGAGACUGGAAUUUCCUUGGAGGCAUUUUAGAGGAGGUCCACAUUCAUUCUACUAUUAUUGGAAAGAUUUGGCUAACUAUCCUCUUCAUAUUUCGAAUGCUUGUCCUUGGGGUGGCAACUGAGGAUGUUUGGAAUGAUGAACAAUCAGAAUUUAUAUGCAAUACUGACCAACCUGGUUGCAGAAAUGUGUGCUAUGACGAGGCCUUUCCUAUCUCUCUAAUAAGGUACUGGGUCCUGCAAGUUAUAUUUGUGUCUUCCCCAUCCUUGGUGUAUAUGGGUCAUGCCUUAUACAGACUAAGAGCCUUAGAAAAGGAGAGGCAAAAAAAGAAAGCUCAGAUCAGAGUGGAACUUGAAAGUACUGAAUUAGAAAUGACUGAAAAUCGAAAAAGGCUGGAGAGAGAACUCCGGCAGCUGGAUCAAAGAAAACUAAACAAAGCACCCCUGAGAGGAUCUUUGCUCUGCACUUAUGUGAUACAUAUUUUUACUAGAUCUGCAGUGGAAGUUGGUUUUAUGAUUGGGCAAUAUCUUCUGUAUGGUUUUCAACUAGAUCCCCUUUAUAAAUGUCAGAGGGAUCCAUGUCCAAACAUAGUUGACUGCUUUGUAUCAAGACCGACAGAAAAGACUGUGUUCAUAUUAUUUAUGCAAUCAAUAGCAACUGUAUCAUUGCUCUUAAACAUCUUAGAAAUUAUUCACCUAGGAUUCAGAAAAAUUAAAAUGGGACUCUGUGGACUGGAUAAAACCAAGGAUGACCUUGAUGAUUUCUACAUAAAUAAAUCUAAGAAAUAUUCUGCAAUACCGCAGUCUUCUUUGGGAAUAUCUGCAACUCCGCAAAAAACUCUUCCUUCAGCACUGAGUGGUUAUACCUUUUUAAUGGAAAAGCAAACUGAUGCCAGUGUCUAUCCAGUUCUAAGUACUCCUCCUGUCUUCCAGUCUAUUCAGAAUAACCGUGCAGAAAGCAGCAACAAUUGCACCCAUCACAGUCAUGAAAAUAAACUGCCAGAGCAGAGGCCACAUACAAAUGCUUUAGACUAUCAGAUUCGAAAUAGUAGCACAAAUAAUAACGAAGGCUUAAUUAGGGAGCUGGUUACUGAAGAAAACGAGUCUCAAAAAGAUGCUGAAAAGAAACAUUUCCUUGUUUGUCCUCAGAACACAGAUGCAGCUUCAAGCACGUGCUUGAGAAGCUUUCCUGAAAUGCCAUCUCAGAGCUCACUGCAGCCUGAUACUUUUCCUAUUAACUGUUUAAGAAGACAACGAGGAGCCGGCGGCUCAUGGAACUGCUCCGCGGUGGCUGAGAGCGCCGGGUCCGCGACAAAUCCUCUCCAGAAGAGCAGCAACAGGAGAGCAAGCAGCUUCAGGGCAAGGAAAGGCCACGCUGCGGCCAAAGCGGACCCGAAAAACCCCAGCCGACCAGGCACCCCGGACUCCGGCGGGGAGGUGAGCUCGGAAUCCAAGCAAAGCCGAAACUGCGACAGCCCCCAGCCUUUCCCUCCGCCCAGGCGGGUAUCGCUGUCGAGCAACGCGAGCAGCAGGCGAGCUCCCACCGACCUGCAAAUUUAG